AUGAUGGAAGGUCAAGGAUACGAGAAGGAGUGCUUAGCGCCUCAUUUGGAAUCACCGGUUGAUGGAAAUCCCCGCGAUAUGCACAAGCACUCGGCAGGUUCUACGGAGGAUGAGGAUAUCAGUCGCAGGAGCUCGCCGGAAUAUGACGGGGUGGAGGUUCACUCUGUGAAUACAAACUUCUCAUACCACGAGGAAAAGUUGAUGUUGGAGCAUAGCACCAAGAUGAACGCGUUGGAACAGGGUCUUGCGCCCCAUAUCACGCAGUCGCCGCAACCGUCGCGCUUUCAGGCGGAAGGUGGCGCCGCUGAAAGGAGGCUAUCCGCGUCUGCCCAGGCUUCGUUGCCGGAGCCACCGUCGAUGAAAUUUCUGGGGAAAUCGCAUGCGCCAGAAGACGACCAGACGUCGUACAAGAUGGGGCAGGUGGCUGGAGACCUUCCGCAGUACUUUGGUGCGCCAUCCCAGGAGCUUGUGGAGCUGUAUACGAAGGUACAGGAGUGCCGGAAUCUGCGCGCGCGGUACCAGGGACUGUCAAUGCAGCGCCACGGGCAAAACCCCAAGAACCGGCAGGAGUGGGAGAUCUACCCUCCUCCUCCCAAGCCUUCGUACAACUCUGAGACCAAGACAGUUCUGAAGGUGACCAACCAACCCGACUGCGAGGUUUUCGACUUUACCCAGUGUGAAAUCCCCGGUGAGGAUACGGAGUGGGAGUUCACGGCCAACUCUGACGACGUCUUUGCUGUUCACCGUGCUACCGAAGACGGCGAACCGCAACUGAUUGCCGAUGUCCCAAGUCUGCGCGACUAUUACGUGGACUUGGAGAAACUGGUCGCCAUUUCCUCGGACGGUCCAGCGAAGUCGUUCGCCUUUCGGCGCUUGCAGUACUUAGAAGCGCGCUGGAAUUUGUACAGUUUGCUUAACGAGUAUCAGGAGACGGCGAUUUCCAAGAAGAACCCGCAUAGAGACUUUUACAAUGUGCGGAAGGUCGACACUCACGUUCACCACUCCGCUUGUAUGAACCAGAAGCAUCUUUUGCGUUUUAUUAAGUACAAGCUACGCACUGCCGCCAACGAAGAAGUAAUCUUCAGAGACGGGAAGGUACUAACGUUGUCCGAAGUCUUUCAGUCGUUGAAAUUAACCGGGUAUGAUUUGUCUAUCGAUACUUUGGAUAUGCACGCGCACAAGGAUACUUUCCACCGGUUUGACAAAUUCAAUCUGAAGUACAACCCUAUCGGUGAAUCCCGUCUUAGAGAGAUAUUCCUAAAGACAGACAAUUAUAUCAAGGGUUCGUAUUUGGCUGCCAUUACCAAGCAAGUGAUUUCAGACUUGGAAAACUCGAAAUACCAAAACUGCGAAUAUAGAAUUUCGAUCUAUGGUCGUUCCAUUGAUGAGUGGGACAAACUGGCUGCUUGGGUUAUUGACAACAAGAUUUUAUCCCACAAUGUUCGGUGGUUGAUCCAAGUUCCAAGAUUGUACGAUAUUUACAAGAAAACAGGUACCGUCAAGACCUUUAACGAUAUCCUAGUCAACCUGUUCCAGCCUUUGUUUGAAGUCACCAAAAACCCACAGUCGCACCCAAAACUGCAUAUCUUUUUGCAAAGGGUGAUUGGGUUUGAUUCUGUGGACGAUGAGUCCAAGAUCGAUAGGCGUUUCCAUAGGAAGUUCCCGAAGUCUUCUUUAUGGGAGUCGUCUCAGAACCCUCCUUACUCAUAUUACCUCUACUACCUCUACUCCAAUAUGUCCUACCUAAACCAAUGGAGAAGCAGACGCGGCUUCAAUACGUUGGUCUUGCGUCCACAUUGUGGCGAAGCAGGUGAUCCCGAACACUUGAUUUCAGCUUAUCUCCUGUCACAAGGUAUAUCUCAUGGUAUCUUGCUCAGAAAGUUGCCCUUCGUUCAGUACCUAUACUACCUGGAUCAAAUCGGAAUUGCCAUGUCUCCGUUGUCAAACAACGCUUUGUUUUUGACGUACGACAAGAAUCCGUUCCCAUACUACUUUAGAAGGGGUUUGAACGUUUCCUUGUCUACAGAUGACCCCUUGCAGUUUUCUUACACUAGAGAGCCGCUUAUUGAGGAGUAUUCUGUCGCCGCGCAGAUCUACAAACUCUCCAAUGUCGACAUGUGCGAGCUUGCGCGCAACUCGGUACUCCAGAGUGGUUGGGAGGCUCAGAUCAAGCGUCACUGGAUAGGUAAAGAUUUUGAGAAGGCCGGUAUUGAUGGUAACGAUGUUGAGAAAACCAAUGUCCCAAACAUCAGAAUCAAUUAUAGAUAUGAGACGCUAUCUACCGAAUUGGAGUUGGUUGAACAUUACGCAAAAUGA